CAUUUAAAUGGUCUGAUAUGCAAACGCGACGAACAGCAUGUUCAUCGACAAACGAGAGAAAAGGAAAUCCAUCUUCGAACGUGCAUAUCGCUCAAUACUGGCAAUCAGAUAUCUUCUAUUGUUUGUUGGCUUCGCUAGUGCGAUUAAUAUUUGCAAUGCAAAACAAAUAGAUACCGAUGGCUUUCAGCGGGGUUGCAAGCUAGAGGGACUACAUCCACUUCUGAUCGUCACGUAUAAAAAUAUUACCGUAUCUGUAGACAAAAUCACCGUACCGCACGGAGAACGUGUCACUAUAAGAUGCAGAGAAUUAGGUAAAUACAAACUGAUCGGUGAUUCUUUGCUGCAUUGUCGUAACACGAGUUGGACUGGUAAACUACCCUAUUGCUCUCCAACUACAGCGAUCUCAAAUUAUACCGAAGACGUACCGCCGACGAUAGUAUUUGGACUUCCAACUGGUUCGGCUGCCGUCGAACCAUCGGGUGCUCUAGCCGUUUUUCCUGGUAGCAUUCUUCACUUGGAGUGUCUUUUUGCUAGGAAACUUGGUAAUCCAGAAUGGACUUGGACCUCGACGUUUCGUCAGUAUUUGACCGGCUGGGCAAUUUCUGCUCGCGAAAGAGACUGGAAGUAUCGGCUAUCGAUAUAUUAUGCAAAAACUCAAGAUUCCGGGGUGUACACGUGUUCUACACCCCGUGGCCUAUCCAACUCCAUACGUGUUCGAAUUGUUGACGUACAAUGCCCCGUAUUGAAUCUACCGGAACCACCGUUGAUUGGGAAAAUCGAAGGCGCGCAUAUGGGUCACGGAGCAGUGUUCGAGUGUCCUGUUGGAUUCAGAUUGGAAGGUGCAGCUGGCAUAACGUGUCAGUAUAACGGUAAAUGGUCAGCCGAUGUACCACGAUGCGAAACGAUAGAAUGUCCAGCUAUGGACAUCGUUACUGACGCUUGGUUACAACUUAUCGAGUAUAACAAUAGCUUUGGCGGAAAAGCAGUAUUUGCGUGUAUGUGGGGUCAUAAAUUAUUGGGAUCGCAGAGCGUAGAGUGCCAAGGAGAUGGUUCGUGGAGCGGAGCUAUGCCUAUUUGCGCUGAAAUUACCUGCCCACCUCCGUCGAUACCGAAAAGCGGACGUAUCGUCGAACAAACGAAUCGUCAUCACUCGGGACGAAAGCAACAUCACCAGCAGCAACGUAUUCGCGCAUACAAAGUUGGCGCUCUCGUCCGAUUUGCUUGCUUACCUGGUCAUCAGCUCUUGGGUGAGGCCUCUAUAAUAUGUACGGAGAAUGGAACUUGGUCUCAUCCGUCACCGGUUUGUAAAGUGAGGUGUCCUUAUCCGGGAGAUCCGCCUCAUGGACGAAUUGCACCGUUAAAAUUUUGGUACAAACCUGGUGAUAAUAUACAGGUCACGUGUUCGCCUGGAUACGUAACACCUUUGGAACCUGUAAGGAAACCAACGUGUCGAGAAAAUGGUAUAUGGAGCGCACCACCGCCUCCGUGCAGAUCGUACAAGGACGUAUAAAAUAAUAAAGGAAUACACAAUCGAUAUUAAAACGCCUUAACAACCGAAACAGACUCGUAUGCAGCCGAACAAACGGACGGACUGACUAUUAUGUGAAUAUUAUGUCAAAUUUCGAGAAGAUUUUAUGUGAUUAAAUGUGAGAAAACCGAUUAGAAUAUUCUUCGUGAAACGGACGAUACAUAUCAUCAACGAAACUCCUUCGUUAAAUUUCUCUUCUAAUUUCAUUGGUGACAUUCGUGUUAUACGUUCGAAACGAUUCCAAGUCGCGCGAUCUUUAAUCUCGAGAAUUUUUUCAUAAUCGCCAAAAACUUGUCGCAUCUUAAAAACUAACAGCAAAAAGUAGAAUCGUAGUGGACUGGAUGAUGGAGAAGAAGA